GCAAAUAUGAAACAAACGGGUCUGAUGGUUCCUUUGGUAAGUCGGGUCAUUUCUGAAAAUCCCACUCAUCAAUUCUUUCUCUCCUCAGUCGUCACGCGUCAAUUCGAUUUCCCCUGAUUCCUUCCAAUUUGACUGCUCCACUACCUUCGCAGCCGACCUCCGGUGCCGCCAUCUGCAAGUGCAAGUGCAAGUGCGAGGUCAAUCUCUAUGUAUUGCAAGAAAAUCCGGUUGCUAGGGUUUCUCUUCAGUUCCGUGUUAAUCCUCGGCGCCGGUUAAUUUGGUGUCAGAGACACGUAUAAUCAAUGCUAGUAAUUGUCGCGAUUUUGUUGCUUUUUGGCGUUGUGGUCCGGUACAACUGGAGGAAUGCGUUGGCCCAGAAGGAGGAGAUUCUGAGGCUCGUGGCUAGGGUUUCUGAAGAAGAGGCGGAAAUUGAGAAGCUGCAAUCGGUCGAGGAAUACAAUACUUCUUCUCCUCCGUCUCCUCCACCUCCCACGCCCCCGCCGCCGCCGCCGCCAAUUCAGCUUGAAAACCGUUACUGUUGUGCUGUUUGUUAUUGCCCCACCACUACCAGGUGUUCUCAGUGCAAAGCUGUUAGAUACUGUUCGGGUAAGUGUCAAAUAAUUCAUUGGAGACAAGGUCAUAAGGAUGACUGCCAACGAUCCACUCCAAUUAAUGAUAGCAAGGAAAGCUAUAGUGUGGAUGAAACAGCUUGGGAUAAUCAAGUGAAGAAGGAUUUGCAUGAUGAACCUAAAAUUUCUUCUGAACCUCCCUGUGAAGUUGAUUCUGGAUCUUCUAGUUGCUCUUUACCUUGCUUUUCAUCUUCUCCUGAACAAAGUGAAACAUCACAUGACACUUCAGUCAGUGAGGAUCUUGGGCCAGGAACACCUGUUAGGCCAGAUAAAAUGUUUUCUGACUCUCAUCCAUUGCAAACAACCUCUGAUUCUGAUGAGGCAGAUGUACGAAGCCAGGUUCCCUUCCGUUCUACUAUCUAUGAAGCAAAUACAUUUCAGGCUAAUAACUUGAAAGGGAUGCCAGCUGCUAAACCUGUCAAAGGGUUCCAGCCAACAAACUUUAAAGAUCCAAAAGCUGGCAAUGAAACUGUUCAGCUAGAAAAGCUUGCUACAAGUACAAGUGAGUUGAGGGGUUCUCAUUCCUCCAGUUCCCAUAAGAGCUCAUCUUCUGUGGAGAAUCUAAGAAAUCGAUCAAAGACAUCUAGCCAUAAAGCAAAGAAAUUCAUGGAUUUUGAUAGACAAGGGAAUCACAAUCAAGUGUCUAAUAUUGAAUUGAGAAAUUCACAGUUCUCACAAUCUUUAAGUGUGUCAUCAGAUGUAUAUUGGAAAAAUGAAGCCCAAAUUUGCAGUGGUAAGGAAACAAGGUCCAUGUCUGUUCGGAGUUCAGGAAAUUAUCAAAAUUUAUAUAUGAAAAAUGGGAGCUUGCACAACUCACUGUCAGAAAUUGAACAUGUGCCACAACCUCCCUGCAAAGGCCUUAGAUCAUCAGUAAAGAAAUUUGUACAACAUUUUAGAGUAUCAAAACAGUCAAAGUCCUACAUAUUUGACAUGGGGGAGGAAUCUAUGGGAAAUUAUAACCACAAGAUAAUAUUUCCUCCCAAAAUUUUUGCACAAUUGUACUCUCAUCAUGCUUCGGAACUUUACCCCUUUGGCCUUGUCAACAGUGGAAAUAGUUGUUAUGCAAAUGCCGUGCUGCAGUGCCUUACUUUUACUCGGCCAAUCACUUCUUAUCUUCUUCAAGGGUUACAUUCUAAAACAUGCCAGAGGAAGGGUUGGUGCCUUAUCUGUGAGUUUGAGCGUUUGAUUCAGAAGGGACAAGAAGUGAAGUCUCCUUUGUCCCCUGCUGGGAUAUUAUCCCAAAUACAAAGGAUUGGAAGCCAUCUAAGUCAUGGAAGAGAAGAAGAUGCACACGACUUCUUGAGAAACAUUGUGGAUACAAUGCAAUGUAUAUGGCUUGAAGAAGUUGGUGUUUCUGGUUCAUUGGGUGAAAACUUGACCCUCAUGGGUCUGACAUUUGGGGGUUAUCUUCGAUCCAAGAUUAAGUGCAUGAAGUGUUCAAGUAGAUCCGAUCAUUGUGAAAGAAUGAUGGAUCUUACUGUGGAGAUCGAUGGAGAUAUUUAUACUCUUGAAGAGGCUCUUGCACGGUUCACGAUAUCGGAAACACUUGGUGGAGAUGAUAAGUAUAAGUGCAGCAGAUGCAAGUCUUAUGAGAAAGCUAGGAAGAAACUGACCAUACUUGAGGCCCCUAACAUUCUCACGAUUGUUUUGAAGCGGUUCAGGUCUGGAAACUUAGAAAAGCUGAACAAAGUAAUUCAUUUUCCAGAGAUAUUAGACCUUGAGCCAUAUAUGAGUGGACGGGCCGACAAAUACUCAACAUAUCAACUCUAUGCAGUGGUUGUUCACUUGAACAUGAUGAAUGCUGCUUACAGCGGUCACUACAUCUGUUAUGUCAAAGAUAUACAUGGAGAAUGGUUUCAAAUCGAUGACAGCAGAGUAAACCGUGUGGACCGAGAGACUGUGCUAUCAGCAGAAGCAUACAUUCUCUUCUACGCAAGGCACACACCCCGAAUCCCUUCAUUGGUAGCAAACCAUUCGAUGAUGGAUCUGGAUGUGAAACCCAAACGGAACAUGGAAGCCAUCUCAUCAAGCGCCAGUGAUAAAAAGAAAGCCUCAAAGGCCAAGCCCACCUCUACCUCUACUAAGCGAACACCUCCGGACUAUAUGACUAUGCAUUCCUUGGAUUGGGGACACCAGGCAUAUGGCAGGCUACGGCAACAGCAACGGCUACACAACCCUCUCAUUGACUGGUCCAGCGAUACGUCCUCCAUUUUCAGCACAUCUGACACUGGUUCGUGCAGCACAGACAGCACCAAGGACUCGAGCGCAGAUGACAUAUCUGGCUACUUAUUCGGGUCCACUCUAUACCACCACAGGUAGCACACCAUUUAUUAAGUGCCACCCGGCUGUAUCAGAGACCAGACCAGGCCAGACUGACCAAAUGAAAGCUGUAAGGUGUAGUAGUAGUAGUAGUAGUAGCAGCAGCAGUGACUCCAUCUCCAUGUAGUAUUUUUCUAAGAAGACUAGUAGUGAAUUUCUAUUUAAGGGAGAAAUGACAGACAAGUAAUUAGAGGAAACAGCUCAAACAUUUUUUUUAGGAGGAGUUUGAGUUGUUUGUAAAUUCCCUUCGUAUUUCACAAAACAGUGUUAUAGUUUGUUGCAGUGUAAAAGCCUAUUUUUUUUUUUUGCUUUCACUUGAAUUAUAUUACUUUGUGUAAAUUAUAUUGCCCACCUGUGUUU